GUUGGCUUGCCAGAAAGAAUUGUAUCGUUCUCCUCCGAAUUCCCGAAGAACUUCAGUGUUUUUUUACCGAACCGCCGGAGAGACCGAGGCGGAAAAUAGUUUUCAUUUGUGGCCUGGAAUCCGAGGAAUUUGUUUAUUGCGGAGCGUAAAUUCUUGAUUAAGUGGCGCGAACUUUUGAGAUCACCAGCAUGCAGGAGUUAAUAGUGGGAGGCAUCGGCGAGGUGCUGCAGAAGGUACCAUUUGAUAAUGAGAACGAGAAGGAAAAUCGCCAAAACAAGUUAAAUGACGCCGAUCCAGAGGAGCACACACCGUUUCCUGGCAUGUCUCGCCUGACUCCCUCCCUGAUCCUUUGUGGAGCGGCGGCGGUGGUGCCCGCGUACAUGGACAAGCUGGGCGUCAGUUGCGUCAUCAACGUGGCGCCGGAGCUGCCGGACACACCGCUGCCCAGCCAGAAGAACCCGCUGUACCUGCGCAUCGACGCCCAGGACCGUUCCGAGGUGGACUUGUCCAAGCACUUCGACGAGGUGGCCGACCUGAUCGAGGAGGUGCGCCGCUCCGGGGGCUGCUCCCUGAUCCACUGCGUGGCCGGGGUCAGUCGGUCGGCCAGCUUGUGCCUGGCCUAUCUGAUGAAGCACGCGGGGAUGAGUCUGCGCGAGGCGUACCAACACAUCCAGUCCAUCCGGCCACAGGUUCGGCCCAACUCCGGAUUCUUCCAGCAGCUGAGACGCUACGAGCUGGAGCUGAAGGGCAGCUGCUCGGUGGCCAUGGUGUACUUCGCCUCGCUGGACAAGGAGAUCCCCGACCUGCUGGAACCCCAGUACAGGGCCAUGGAGGACUUCUACCAGCGGUACCGCAGUUCCCUCAAGAAGCGAUAGGUCGCCCACUCAGCACCACUUAAUCUAACUUGUGAUACUUGUACUACUAGACCCUACUACUAGAUUAGAUCUUAAUAUUCUAUCUGCUCGUAGAUAACCAUGCUGAAUCUUACAUAAGUCCGCCGAGUCAAUGAUGUAUGCUUAGAGCUCGUAAUUACAAAUACACUUUAAUUUUCGUUUAAGAACAUUGAA